AUUAGAAACACCUGUCAAUAUAAUGUAGUCCCGUACAAUACUUCUGCAAACCACAACCUCAAUAAUAAACACAAAAUUAAAUUUACACAUUAGACUGUACAGGUGGACCUACACUAUGAUGCUAUACUAAAAAUCACCACUAGGGGGCUCUGUCACCCUCCUUAAACUCCACAGCACUUUUAGCUCGUUCACCCGGAUAUAUUGUAACUCAAAAUGUUUCAUAUAGAGGCUUACGGACUUAUUUGAGCUCUUGAACUCCACGUUGAUGCACUUAAACGCCCUCCUUGUGUAUUUCUUGUUAACGAAAGCAUAAACAGCAGAUGCCUUAUGGGAAAUGUAGUCAGUUCCACCCAGUUCCAGCUAUAGGCUGCUCGCUGGAAAAACAACAUUACCUACAAUGCCUCGACACAGAAACACUGAAUGACCGACUGCGGAACCGCGCAACUGCAAAAACACAUUUAACACCAACUAGAAGUGUUUUUAAAGAAGUUAUUCAGUGGGGGAAAAAAAGCUUGUUUCUGGAUUUGUGUUCAUUUGCAGCACAAUGUCUGAAUAUCCGACCUUCCGGUAUGGACAGCCUCGCUUUGACCAGACCACAUUUUCCGGCAGGUUCAGACACUUCCUGGAUGUGAUUGACCCCAGCACUCUCUUUGUGACAGAGAGGCGACUUCGAGAGAGUGUGGAGCUCCUCGAUCGAUGCAAACAAGGGAAACUUCCACCAGGAGUGACAGACGCUCAGCUUUGGCAAGCUCAGAAAAUAAAGCAGGCAAUCAUCCAUCCUGACACGGGGGAGAAGAUCCUCAUGCCCUUUCGGAUGUCAGGUUUCAUCCCGUUUGGCACACCAGUGGUUGUCGGCCUCCUUCUCCCAAAUCAGACCUUGGUGUCAACCAUCUUCUGGCAGUGGUUAAACCAGAGUCAUAAUGCCUGUGUUAACUACUGCAACCGCAACGCCUCCAAGACCACUCCGACUUCUAAAUUUGUCCAGGGAUACCUCGGAGCCGUGACCAGCGCCGUCUCCAUCGCCGUAGGGCUGAAUGUGUUAAUCCAGAAAGCCAGCCGGUUCAACCCGACCACCAGGCUGCUGGUGCAGAGAUUCAUCCCCUUCCCAGCCGUGGCGAGUGCCAACGUCUGUAACGUGGUGCUCAUGAGGCACUCGGAGCUGUCGGAGGGCAUCAGCGUGCUUGACGACGACGGCAACGUGGUGGGAACCUCCAAAGUGGCUGCCAGGCAUGCACUUUUAGAGACAGCCCUGACCAGAGUGGUCCUACCCAUGCCGAUCCUGGUGCUCCCUCCCAUGAUCAUGGCUGCACUGGAGAAGCUCCCUCUCCUCCAGAGGCAGCGGCGGCUCGUCCUGCCCGUCCACAGCCUGGUGUGUCUCGCCGCCUUCAGCCUCGCCCUGCCGCUCGCCAUCAGCCUCUUCCCGCAGAUGUCACAGGCAAGACUCGACAGACAGUGAGCCAACCUAGAUUGAAGUGAAGCAAAGGAGGCAAUGCACAUGACAAAAUAGCACGUUAAAAGGCCUAACUCAUGCCGAUUCAUCACUCAGGCUAAUAGUACAGGUAUAUUUUUAUGUACAAAUUUUCAGCUCAGCUUUAUUUCCAAGCAAAAGCUCCCGAGAAAAACUUUAACUUGACUAAUGAGCCUCAUGUUAAGAUAAGAUGCACAAGAGCUCCCUUUGUUCGUUUUGAUUCUUUGUUUUCAAUUCUUCAAAUACUCACUUUGUGUUCAGUAUCUGCUUCGCCCAGGUCUGCCGUGAGUUGGUUUCAGUGACUGAUGUUGAUGACUGAAGUCUCCUGACCCCUUUAACGUUAACUAGUUGAGCUUUACGGAGAUCCUCUCCUAAUGAGGCGUAGCCCUCCGAGACUUAACCUGCUCUGUUAUGAUCUGUCCAACCGUUGCCCAGAGCCCCCAUCGCCAGUCAGUCAUUCACACAAUCCAGGCUAGAAGGCUGAAAUCUAACUUUAGCCCGUUGCCUCAGUAUGUGUCAUUCUGCUCAGUAAGUGGCCGUGGCAUGAUUUCAUUUUUCACUCCCAACUCUUCCUCUCUCUUUGUCUGUUCUCUGCCAAAUGACUUGCUGACACAAGCCAGCCAGCUCUGGCUUUAAAAUGUUUAGGAUUUAAUUACCGCUGGAAAUAGCUCAGACAGCCAUAUGGCAAAAAACUUCAGACAUAUGUGCCGCCAACAGUCCUGUGAAAGGCAGCCUCCCGUUCCAUGGCGUUGCCUGUUUUUCUCUCGCAAGUCCUUUUUGCACUUUUGUAAGGAAACCAGACAAAAAAAAAAAAGGAAGAAAAAAAAAACUCCCCAAAAAGCAACAUGAAUGCCGUGCUCUCCUGGACCCCCCACCUACUCAAUUUGUCCCACUUCCCCAUUUCACACCUACCAGGAUGUCUGAUUAGGAUUCUGCCUCUGAGUCACAGCCAUCUGUCUCUGGUUCAAACAUUAGGAGUUCCAAACCUCAAAAUUGGAUUUUAAUCUGCCAAAUUGGCUUUUUUUGCACAUUAGCAGUAAAUGCAAAACAUUUAAGGCCUUUAUGAAAUAUUUAGUUGCAGAUGAAACUGUUUCAGAUCUUUCAAGCGGCGGUGGAUGUAGAUGCCUCGGUCGUGUGCAGAGGUCGCUUUUUGUAUCUGACAGCACGAACCGAAUAUUGUCAUUUUGCACUAUUGACUCUUUUCUUUUUUUUUCUCUCUCUCUCUUU